CAUGCGCAGUCGGCGGACCGCUAGCGGCGUCGCUGUUAGGUGUCAGCAGUGUCUCGUGCUGGCUCGGUAGUUCACGGUCCGCUGAGGGACGUUAACGUUACGUGACGCCGUUAUUAACGGGGAGACGCGUUUGUUAACGGAGGAUUCGUACGUGUGGAGGAUGACUAACGGCUCUAAGAGGAAAGAAGACGCGCACGAAGCCAACGGGGGUGCGAGACCGUCCUCGUGGAGCAAGGCGCUCAGCGGAAAAUCCGUGUGGCACGAGAAGGAUGAGUUUUUAGACGUUGUCUACUGGUUCCGACAAAUCAUCGCUGUUGUUCUCGGAGUCAUAUGGGGCGUUGCGCCGCUGAAGGGAUUCCUUGGCAUUGCCAUAUUCUGCAUCAUCAACGCGGGCGUGCUGUAUGUUUACUUCAGCAGUUUCCAACAGGUGGAUGAGGAGGAAUAUGGGGGCAUGUGGGAGCUCACCAAAGAAGGCUUCAUGACCUCCUUCGCGUUAUUCCUGGUGGUGUGGAUCAUAUUCUACACAGCGCUACACUAUGACUGAGAGCCUGAAGAGAAUCCGUUCAGAAGCACGAUGAACGUUUCAUUUAAAAUGGGAGGCUGGAAUCGGCAGCGUCUCUAGGUUACCAGCGACAUGUCAGGACCUUGGGGCUGAAGUGCGUUAUGGGUAAACCGACAGACUUCUGAUCCAUGGGUCAUGAGUAUUAAGAUAAAACAAUCCACUGCACUGCCAGGUUUCAUGAGUCAAUGUUUUUACUUCUGCAUUUUUUCCCUUGAAAUUAACUUACAUUUUGUUUCUUAUUUCACUCCUAAAUCAAAUACUUACCUGAUGUUCUGGUGUAAUUAAGGCAUGUGUAAAUUCUGUAUAGUUUCCGUUUUAUCACAGCUGCAGUGAAGUGAUUUUGUAUUUUGUCCUUCCUCCAAUGUGAUUGUACUUCUCAGUAUUUUAUAGCGUAUUAUCAGAAGUGCGCAUCUCCUCGGCAGUGUGUAGUACUCCACCUGGUACACGGGCGGAGGAGACGCUGUAUGUUCUGGUUGGGUUUUUCUGAGGAGUCCAAUUAAAAUGCGGGCUUUGCCAGCCCUGGCUUUUCCAACA